AUGGAGAAAUCCAAGAACGACGAGGUCGUCAUGACCGAAUAUGUCCAAGACCCAGAGACCGGAGAAAAGCUUCACCCAGUCGCAAAACUCGACUACAGCGGUGCAGCGGCAAAGACCGACCCGCGAGAGAUCAAACUUGUGAGAAAGCUGGAUCUUUGGAUAAUGCCCAUGCUCUGGUUGAUGUACUGGCUCAACUACCUCGAUCGCAAUGCCAUCACAUUAGCGAAGCUCAACACCUUAGAGGAGGAUACCAACAUCACCAGCACGCAGUACCUGACGUGCGUCAGCAUUCUAUUCGUCGGGUACAUUGUUGCGCAAGUGCCAAGCAAUAUGCUUAUCACGAGAGUCCGCCCUUCAUGGUAUAUGGCGGGUGCGAUGGCCUUGUGGGCGAUCGUCAGUGCUCUCACUGCGCUGGCGAAUAGCUAUACUUCGCUUCUCGUUACACGCUUCCUUCUCGGAAUUGUUGAGGCACCAUUUUACCCAGGAGCAAUUUGGUUGCUCGGUAUCUUUUACACAAGAAAAGAGAUCGCAACAAGGAUCUCCAUCCUCUACUCAGCCAACAUGUUCGCCAUGUGCUCUGCUGGUCUCAUUGCCAUCGGAGUCUUCGAUAUGCAUGGAAUGGCCGGAGUUUCUGGCUGGCAAUGGCUCUUCAUCAUCCAAGGAGCCUUGACCUUCGUCGUCGCAGUCGCCUCCGCUUUCGUCUUGCCCAAUCAGCCACUCGAUACCUGGUGGCUCACAGAAGAAGAAAAGCAACUAGCACAUAACCGCGUCACCCGCGACACAGUACACGCUUCUUCAUCGACUGGAAGUAUCCAAGGCCUGCUCGUUGCCAUGAAAGAUCCUCGCGUCUGGCUAUUCGUUUUCAUGCAGCAUAUGCACCUUGCCGCGAACGGAUUCAAGAACUUCUUGCCUACUGUCGUAGAGACUUUGGGCUUCGAGGAUCAGAAGGUUACGCUCGCACUCGUAACACCACCAUAUUUCCUGGCCGGCGUAAUCUCCAUCUUCUGGGCUGCCAGUUCCGGCCGUUUCAAUGAACGAACUUGGCAUCUUACCAUCGCCAAAGGCAUCGCAGUCGUGGGCUUCAUCAUUGGAACCGUCACACUCAACACUGGAGCACGAUACUUCUCCAUGAUCCUCUUCUGCAUAGGAACCUACUGCGCCAACAGCAUAAUCUACGCCUGGACCGCUUCCACCUGCGGGCAGACUGUCGAGAAAAAGGCUUCAGCACUAGCUCUCGUCUCAACGAUUUCCAACGUGGCUUUCGUAUGGACGCCUUAUUUGUGGCCUUCGAGCGAUGCUCCGGCUUUCCGUCCAGCGAUGAUCUCAAGCGCGGGCUUCAGUAUUGUCUGUGCUGGAAGCGCAUGGGUGAUGAAGUUCUGGUUAAUGAGAAUGAAUCGCAAGAUCAGAAUGGAUGGGGAUGAGAGAGUGCUGAGGUACGCUUACUAG